CUCUCAGCUCCUGGGGGGUUUCCUACCCCCAGUCCCUGCAUGGCAUCAGUGGGUCCUGCAUGGUCAUCCCCUGCACCCUGAGCUACCCCUCCGGUGCGGAUACCACUGGUGGCAUUGUGGCCAUCUGGUACAAGGACUAUGACUCCAGGAAGACUCUGGUGUACCACUCCACUGCCCCCCAGGAGGUGGAUGGACACUUCAGGGGGCGCACCCAGAUGCUGGGGGACCCCUUGGCCCUCAACUGCACCCUGCUGCUGCGGGAGGUGACAUCAGGGGACAGUGGGCCCUAUCGCUUCCGCUUCGAGAUCGUCAGGGACGACCGCUGGUUGGCAGCACAGGAUGUGGUGCUGAGCAUCUCCGAGGACUUGGACAGCCCAAGUGUUGCCCCCACUGAGGACCAAACCGAGGGGCAAAAGUCCAUCUUGGAGUGCUCCACACCCUAUGUGUGCCCGUGGGGUGACAUCGUCCUGCACUGGGAGGGCUACAACCCUCAGGUGUCCACAGUGUCCAGCACAGUCCAGCUGGAUACCAGCAUGGUCAGCCACAAUCUGACCCUCAACACCACCUUAUCCUGGAGGGACCACUCCAAGAAGUUGCUGUGUGAGCUUUCUUUUGGCUCCAAGAAGGCAACCAGAGAGUUGGUGCUGCGGGUGAGACACUCGCCAAAGGAGCUGCAGGUGCUGGUCAGCCCCUCCGCACAGAACAUCCGCGUGGGGGACACGGUGUCCCUGACCUGCGAGGUGGCCAGCAGCCACCCCCCCGUCUCGGGCGAGAGGGUGCUAACCCUGCGGGGGUUUCGCCGUGAGGACCAUGGACAGUACCUGUGCCAGGCGCAGAACGCGCUCGGGGCUGGCUCGUCGCCUGAUGUCACCCUCCACGUCCUCGCUGCAGAGAUCUCAGUGAGCCCCUCAGCUGAGGUGCAGGAGGGGACUGCCACCACCUUGUCCUGUGAUGUCCCUGGCCAGGAGGGCCAAGACCUGAACUACACGUGGUACAAGAACAGUGCAUGGCUGAGAGAGGGCACAUCCCACACCCUCCUCUUCCCUGGGGUGGCCUCCAGUGACUCAGGCUACUACUCCUGCAAGGUGACCAGCAGCUAUGGCAGUGACACGUCCCAGACCAUCAGCCUCAGUGUGACAUAUCCCCCCCGGAAUCCCACCCUCAGACUCUUCCAGGAGACCCAAGGUGGAAGGUUGACCAUCAUCCACUGUGCUGUGGACAGCCACCCACCAGCCACCAUGGCCAUCGACCACCAUGGCACUGUGCUGGCAGCCAGUGGGUCACAGGUGGCCCCACAGCAGCGUUUCAGUGUCACAGCCACCCACAACUCCCUGCAGCUGGAGAUCUGGGACGCAGGACCCCAGGACAAUGGGGAAUAUCGCUGUACUGCCAGCAACACCUUUGGCAACACCAGUGCCACCAAGGUCCUUGUCAUCCAUGCUGCAGAGGUCCUGAUCCAGCCCUCAGCGCAGGUUCAGGAGGGGACUGAGGUCACCCUGACCUGUGUGGGGACAGGGGACAGGGCGGAGGAGCCUCUCUACACCUGGUACAAGAAUGGGAAGUGGCUGCAGGAGAGCUCAGCCCCUGCCCUGCACUUCCCCUCCGUCCGCAGCAAUGAUGCUGGAGCCUUCCAGUGCCAGAUCCGGAGCAGCAAUGGCAGUGACACCUCCAUGGCCAUCCCGCUCCGGGUGCUCUACCCUCCAAGGCAGCCAGUGAUGACCUCCUUCCUGCAGACCCAGGGUGGACACCUGGGCAUCAUUCAGUGCAUUGUGGAGAGUGAUCCAGAGUCCAACUUGACCCUAUGGAAAGGAGAGGACAUGAUAGGUUGCACCUGGGGGUGUGCCUCAGCACCCAGCCCUAGGGUCCACAUCACCUGGUCCUACAACAGCCUGAAGGUGGAGAUCCAGGAGGUGGUGGUGGAAGAUGAGGGGACCUAUGUGUGUUGUGCUGGGAACACACAGGGAAACUCCAGUGCAUCCAUGGACUUCAGGGCUGACACCGUCAGCAUCACCGUGUCCCCCUCCCACCACCUGCUGGAAGGUGACACUGCCAACCUCACUUGUCACCUGAGCAGUGACUCCUCAACUGCGGCCAAUGUCACCUGGUACCACAAUGGGCUGUGGCUCUCCGAGGGCUUGGCCACCUCCCUGGUCAUUGGACAAGUGGCCAGCACGGACUCAGGGCUCUACCGGUGCAGGGCCAGCAUGGAAGGAGGCAGCAGGAGCUCUCCAGAUGUUCUCCUGGAUGUGCUGU